AUGGAAGUGCUACGCCGUUCCUCAGUCUUUGCUGCAGAGGUGAUGGAGGUUUUCGACAGGUCUCCCACUGACAAGGAGCUCGUGUCCCAGGCCAAGGCUCUCUGCAGAGACUACAUCAAUUCCAGGCUAAUUCGAGCAGGUGUGAGCUGGAGCAAACCUGAGCACAAUGCACCAGUGCCUGGUGGUAAGCUGGCCGAGGUGUCCACCAUACUGCUGCGGUUGGGGGAUGAGCUGGAAUAUAUUCGCCCCAACGUCUACCGGAAUAUUGCCCGCCAACUGAACAUCUCCCUGCACUCGGAGACGGUGGUGACAGAUGCCUUCCUCGCAGUGGCAGCACAGAUUUUCACGGCAG